UGCUGACGAUCCAAGCUCUGAGCCAAAAUGGCAGAUGACAAGGAUCCUCUGAAGCAGCUGAAGGAUCUGUCUCAGCUCAAGGACCAGCUGGAGGAGAUCCAGAGGCGAGUAGAGAACCAGGUGUCUGCAGGGAUCUCCCCGGGAGGCUCAGUGUUGGGAUCUCCGUUUCUGAAGGGCUUUUUGGCUGGCUAUCUAGUGGCCAAGUUGCGCUCCUCUGCCAUCCUGGGUGUGCUGCUGGGAACAGUCACCGGCAUUUACGCAGCACAGAAUUAUGAGGUGCCCAACAUUGAAAGGACCGUGAAAGACUAUAUGAACAACAUGAAAAAGAGACCAAAGUAAUCUGGGCUGAUUGCCGG